AUGGGACUCUGCGCCUUAAUGGUCAGCGCUGUCUCGGCGAAAACGUGCUACAACAUGACCAUCCCCAUCACUGCUACCGCUGAAAAUGCGAAUUUCGGUGGUGUUGAAACUCCUCAGAGCAACAUGGAUGUCACCGCGUUCAUUUUGGACGCUAGUCGACAGGGUGGCAGCGGCACUGAAGACUUUUUGACCGGCUCUAAAAAUGUCUCUGGUCGGUAUGAAAUUUCGGCUCGGUAUUGCAUGCCGAGUACCGCUAGCGGCAACGCGCCUACUCUUCAGAUCCUGACCCAUGGCAUGGGCUUUGACAAGUCCUACUGGGAACUGCCUUACAACAAUUACAACUACUCCUAUGUCGACUAUGCCCUCUCCCGCGGCUACCAUACUUUUGCCUUCGACCGUCUGGGCAUUGGCAUGUCGUCCCACGGCGAUGCGAAGGAAGAGAUCCAACUUCCUCUGGAGCUUGAGUCGCUCGUCCAGCUGACCAAAAUGCUACGGAAUGGCGCUAUUCAUGCAGGCCACGGCUAUGGCCACUCUCACCAAAAGCCCGGCAAGAUCGUGCAUGUCGGCCACUCCUUCGGGUCUAUCCUGACCUACGGCCUCUCUGCCACUUAUCCCGACCUCUCUGAUGCAAUUGUCCUGACAGGCUACUCAAUGAACAGUACCUUCAUGCCCAUGUUUAUGGCAGGGGCCAACCUCCAGCAGGCCCGUUUGAACCAAUCUCCAGGUGCCUUCUCCAACUCCGGCCAGAACUACACCUCAGGAUAUCUGACGAACGCGGAUAUGGGCAACAAUCAUUACAUGUUCCUUUACCCAGGCAACUUUGAUACCAAGCUCCUCGAAUAUGCGGAGAAGAACAAGCAACCUCUUACCGUUGGUGAGCUCUUGACAGUUAGCAGUGUUCCCCCAUCCAGCAAGUUCACCGGCCCCGUUCUCAUUGCCACCGGCUCCAACGAUGUACCUUUCUGUGGAGGUGACUGUCUCAACACUGGUGGCACCCAUAUUUCCAUCCCCGCCGCUGCGAAGCCCGCAUUCCCCUCUUCCAGGGCAUUCUCCGUUGUGAUUCAACCCGACACAGCCCACGGCCUCAACUUACAUUACAACGCCACCGCUGGCUACAAGGAGAUUGCGGACUUCUUGCAUAAAAAUGGCUUGAUCAAGGAGAGUGAGGGAGUGAAGGUAGAGAUAUCGGUAUAA